CUUUUUUGGAAAGCUCUCCCCCGGAUCUUGGUGGCGAGCGGCCAUGGGAGGGUGGAAGACGAAGAGGUACAUGUGCGGUGGGAACACCAUGCGCACGGCAGAAAAAAGCCUGUUCCGUUCCGAUCAGGACUGCGAAAGCGUGAGCACAAAAACAGAAAAGUGCCGACGAAAGUGACGAUAGAAAAACUAAGCCCGCAAGGUUUCGCGACGCACCAACCAACCCCUCGCCUUCACCCGAUGGCCUCGUCCGGCGGCGGGGGCAGAGGGUCCCACCCGUCAGUCUCCUCAUCCGCCGCCAACCACCCCUCGCCGGCGUCGCUCGACGGCGGCCUCCUCCUCCGUCUCCUCCAAAACCCUCCUCCCCACCCGCGCGCGCAAACCCCCGCCCCGCCCCCCGGCGCACCGGGGCCGCAGGACUUCUUCGUCGACCCCGCCGUCGCCGCUGUGGGGCCGCUCUUCCCCACCCCGCCGCAGAUGCAGGGGGGCGGCUUCGCGUGGCCCUCCCCCUCGGCCCAGCAGCCGCCGCAGCAGCAGCAGCUCCGGUUCCCCGAUCCCCGAUUCGCGCCGUCCGUGGAUCCCUACGCGGCGCUACGCGGCGGUGGGUUUGAAGCCGCGGAUGCGGUCAGGCCAGAGAGGCCCCGGCCAGGGGCGCCGCCUCCGGGUUUCGGCAAGGUUUCGCACCAGGCCGCCUCAGGCCGUGAGACGCCGAAUGCGUUUGGGGGGAUGCCGAAUAGGGAGCAGAACCAGCAUCGUCCAAGGGGUUUCAGUAGGACGUUGAAUAAAGAGCCUCGGACCACUGAAGCCGCUCAGGAAGUGUUCGGCAUUCCUGGCAGAAAUCCGCUUGGAGAGCAGCAUAUGCCAAUAACCAGUGGCCGUGAUGCUGCUGCAGGAAUGAUGUAUAGGGAGCAGCGGCAUGAUCACUUUUUAUCAAGGACACCGCCUGAUAUGAAUGGCAACAGACCGUUUGGUCGGAUGCCUCUUGGAGAGCCGCAUACGCUUCCUAGCCCAGGUGGCAGGACACUACGUGGAGAUCAGCACACGCCUCAGAUCACAGGGGGCGGGAUACUUCACAGAGGUCAGGGGCAGCAAGACCCACGUGUAGCGAACACACCACAAAGGGAGCAACGGUGGCAAGGGUAUAGGGACGAAAAGGGCCAUGUUCCACGGAAGCUGCCAAAUGUGAAUGUGCGUGAUAUAUUUGGUAAGAAACCAGUGAAAGAAUUGCACCAUGUAACAGUACCUGCCAGUAGUUCAGUUCCUGUGUAUGUUAGGGAGGAUAGAGUGAAUAGUUUGGACGAUGCUAUAAUUGGGGAAGUAGGUUUGGAGCAUGGAAUGGGUGGAGAGGUGGUAGCGGAGGCAAGGAAGUUUGAAGUAUCGCAUCAGAAGAGCGAGGUUAGAUUUGCCAGGGAGGAUGAGGAAGAAGACAAUGAUGGCAGGGAGGAGGAUGUUAUGAUUGAGCAGUUGACGGAAAGUCUGGUGAUUAAUGACAAUGGUGAGGCCAAGGGAGUGGUAUUGCAAAAAAGUGGCCUAAGGAGCAAGGACUUCAGGUCAGACUUUUCUAGAGGGCAUCAUGUAUCAAGCCAACGUAUAAGAAUUCAGAGGAGACACAGGCCAUGUCGCUAUGACAUAGAUCAAUUUACACCUAGUUUCUUGUUAAUUUUUGAAUCAUUAGUGCCUUCAGAGGAGGAAAUUGCAAAGCAGAAGCAGUUGUUAACAGCUCUCAGCAGACUAAUAAACAAGGAAUGGCCUAAUUCAAGACUAUACCUCUAUGGAUCAUGUGCAAAUUCCUUUGGUUUCUCAAAUAGUGAUAUUGACCUUUGUCUCUCUAUUGAUGACAAGGAAAUGAGCAAGGUCGAUAUUAUAUUGAAAUUAGCAGACAUUCUCGAAGCUGGUAAUCUCCAGAAUAUUCAGGCAUUAACUCGAGCAAGAGUCCCAAUAGUGAAGCUUAUGGAUCCAGAAACAGGGCUUUCCUGUGAUAUAUGUGUCAAUAAUCUUUUAGCAGUUGUUAACACAAAACUUUUGAAAGAUUAUGCACAAAUAGAUAGAAGGUUACGGCAGUUGGCAUUCAUUGUGAAGCAUUGGGCUAAAUCUCGCCGAGUAAAUGAAACUUACCAAGGAACACUUUCUAGUUAUGCAUAUGUAAUAAUGUGCAUCCACCUCCUACAGCUGCGAAGAAUACUCCCAUGUCUACAGGAAAUGGAGACAACCUACUAUGUCACUGUGGAUGAAAAUAACUGUGCUUACUUUGACCAAGUGGACAAGCUUAAUAACUAUGGCGCUCACAACAAAGAUACCGUCUCAAGGCUGCUUUGGGCCUUUUUCCAUUACUGGGCGUAUGAGCAUGAUUACACAAGAGAUGUCAUAUCGAUUCGUACUGGAAGGAUCAUUAGCAAGGAGAGGAAAGACUGGACGAGACGGGUUGGAAAUGACAGGCAUCUCAUAUGCAUUGAGGAUCCUUUUGAGACCUCCCAUGAUCUUGGUCGUGUUGUCGACAAGUUCACCAUCAAAAUACUCCGGGAGGAAUUCGAGCGUGCUGCCAAUAUACUGCAGUUUGAUCCAAACCCCAGUGUCACGCUUUUUGAGCCUUAUGUGCCCCCUCUGUUGCCGAGCCUGAUCCAGGAAGAAAUGGUGAGCACUGCUGGAGUAGAUCUAUGAUCACAAUCUUUUGUCAUGCUUCAAGAGGUCCCUUUGUUUCGAAGGAUUAUCCAAUGGCCAUUUUAUUUUGUGCAUAGUUGUACAAUAUAUAUUUAGUUGUGAACUAACCUGAGGCCUCAGGUGGGCAACAGCACCUAGCUGCUUAAGGUUGGGCCAGCAAUAUUUGCUAUCAGACUUCUAGCGCUAUCAAUUUCAAUGUACAUGUUGGUGAUUGAACCAGACGGUACCGCCCUUUUCAUGAUUCGGAGGUUUAGCAAAAUAUGUUAUGCAAGAGGAUCCUUGAGUUGUGUCAA